CGUCGGCCCGGGCAGCGUUUUACAAAUAUACUUCCUGUCCGGUGCGUUGUCUUUUGACUCGCGUGGCGCAAACUAACGAGUGGCUAAGUCGAACCCGAGGAGUAUAAACAACGUAAUAUGCCAAAGAAAAUUAAAUCCAUUAAGUGAACUGCAAAGUGGUAAAAUGCAUGAAUGGAAGAAAACGCCAUUUGAUAGACUUUUACAUACAAUGCUUCUUAACUCCGAAAUAAACAAAGAAGUGCGUAUAGAGCUGAGACAUCGGAUGGCUGUGUACAUGACAACGUUCUUACUACGAGACAACGUGCCCUUCAUAAAACUCUUCAUCGACAAAGGAUUCGAUCUGAAGCUGUACUUGACAAGCGAGACGUUGGAACAGCUUUACACGCUCUCGGUGUAUCAUGCGAAACAGAAGGCUCUGGCCAACGUUAUAGGAAGUAUCAUGAAGCUUCCAGAAUCCAUCAGCCUGCAUCUCAUCGGCAAAAUUUUAUCGUUCCUAAUGGGCACUCGCUAUUACUCAGAAUACUUGAACACUGCGUUCACAGGAACAAAGGACACUCGGGCCAAAGAACCUCUAGUGGGCUGUCCAGCCACUCACUUAUUUCUCUGGACCCUUCUUACGGAGCGCAAAGAAACUGCUGAGUUCUUUUGGACGCAACUACAAGAACCACUGGGUGCGUCACUCAUGGCGGUGCUGCUGCUUCGGCGAUUCGCUCAUCACACAAAUUCCCUGGUCAAUCGUGAUGAGCUGUUGACAUUUGCCGGACAGUUCGAGGACAGAGCCUGUGGACUGCUUACUGAAUGUUACGUCGACGAUCCGGAAAACGCAGCCGACCUUUUGGUUCGCGAUCGACCAUUGUUUGGCCACAUGUCCACCAUAAUGUUAGCGGCAGAUGGACGUUCAAAGAAUUUUAUCUCUCACCGCUGUUCAGAGCAAUAUCUGGAGCAUGUGUGGUGUGGGGCAAUCGAUCCACAAACACGUCGGCUCAAUCUUUUCUUUGGCCUAAUUAUCGGGAUCGUGAUGCCGCUUUUGCUACCAUUCACGGUGAAGUUUAACCCAACUGAGAACAAGAAAAGCGAUGAAAAUGAAGAAGCCGGUGAAAAUUUACCUCCCCUGCCCCCUCGGCGUAAACGGGAAGGAAAUAAAACUCCCAUUUUACCAAGUAGAGAGAUGAGAUGCACUCAGUAUUGGCACCGGAUAAAGGCGUUCUACGAGUCACCUUGCAUCCGUUUUGCAUACACUACUAUUGCGCAUGUGGCCUUCUUGUGUUUAUUCGUGUACACCAUCCUUUUCGACGUGUCACGGCAAAGAACAUACAAUAUUACCUACAACGCAGUCCUGAUGUGUUGGGUUGUAACAUUUCUCAUUGAAAACAUACGACAGGGUAUUAUGUCUGGUCUAUCCUUCCGGUCAUUUAUUCGGCGGAUUUGGAAAAUGCUGGAGCUUCUUGCCAUCGUCUUGUACAUAAUCGGUUUCGCUGUACAUCUUUUGCUGGUCGUCGAAUCACUUCAAAGAAAUCAACCGUUGAUGAGCGCAACUGCACCUGCAAUGUUCCAAAUGUUGUUUCGAAUGGCUGAAACCUUUUACGGUCUCUCUCUGUUUCUAUUUUUCUAUCGCCUAUUGGAGGCCUUCACUGCCGACAUGAAAAUCGGGCCUUUGGUAAUUAUGGUCAAAUCCAUGGUUGUCAAAGAUUUGCUCCCAUUCUUGGCCGUUUUCAUGGUGUCUCUGGUCAGUUUUGCUGUGCUCCAAUGGGUGAUCACCUUCAAAGACACUGCAAGCACUUCACAUUCGAUGAAUAUAAGAACAUUAUUUAUGGCAUUGCAAACGGCCUAUUUCCAAAUAUUUGGCGAAUACAGCCUCGACAUGCUGACAGAAGAGGAUAUGGAAUCGUGUACGAGCGACGGUAUCAAUUGUCGCGACGGGAUGUCCGAAUGGUUUUCCCCCAUACUCUUGGCUGUGUUUGUCAUUUUGACACAAGUGCUUCUGCUGAAUCUCCUGAUUGCCAUGUUCGCGUCCACUUACGUGCGAAUCGAAGCGGCUUCAACUGGCUACUGGGAGCUUCAGAGAUAUUAUGUCAUCUGCGAAUUCUUCGAGCGAUCUCCUAUCCCUCCACCCCUGAUUAUCUUGUGGCACAUAUACCUUCUCUUCAGAAUGCUGCUGCAAAAAUGUCAGAGAAGAGCUGUACAUCCCACUCACCCCUUUAAGAAGUCGUUUCACGACUGGCCUUCACGAGAACGACAGUUAGUACACUGGGAACGUCUGAGAUUCUUGGAUUAUCAGCGCUACGUGCUGCAGGGUAGGAAAAGACGGCGCGAACGUCCGAAACCUGUGCUAGUCCGGACAACCCUGAUGACAGGGCCGAUUCCGGCCAUGAAUGUACCGACGGCUGAAGCGUUUGAAAAUUUUCAGCAAGUUACCACGGAAAACAUGCGUCAAAUCAUACAACACACGAAUCGCAUUGAUGCGCUUGAUCACAAAGUGGGCCAUAUACUGAAGCUACUUAAACUUAUCCAAACAAAGUUAUAUGACAUCGAGCGGUUAAAACAAACCCAGAGACAAACUGUGACUCAGACGGUGCAAGCGCUACGGAGCGCUCCUCCCGAUCAGACGCCUACGUCAUCGGAUAGCAACAUCAAGACGGAAAAACAGUGUAAACUUGUUGUCUACGAGACUGAUGGACACAAGAUCGGGUUGUUCUCUCCAGCGACUGCUGACAACACGCCAUCCUUAUACGCCUCGCCUAUUCCAUGGCAUGAUGCGGAGCGUGUUCAGGUUACAAAGUUGAAAUGGCGACCAUCCCACGCAUGCGUAGAAGGCUGGCACGAACCGGAUGACUUUCAGGCGGCUAUUGCACAGCGGUUAUGGCAUCCGAUGGGCUCGGCUUACAUACCAGAUCCGGCCCACUUAUCUCCGGAUCCGGUGACGCUUAUGCCACGAAAUCCAGGCGGUUGCACUGGGGUCACUGGGAAAGGCUACCUGCCCGCUUGGGGCCCCAACUCAGCCAUAAUCAUGAUUCUCACAAGACAGAAAACUAGCUCCAAAGCUGGAAAGAAAAGCCAUACCGCACUCAAACAUCUUGAAUGUGCAGUUCAUGAGAACCCCUUGGGAACACAAUUACCAUGGUUUUUAGUUCAACACCCUCAAGGAUGUGCCGGAGACUCGUGCUACCAGACCAUGGUUGAUCUGUUGGUCAAUAAACGAAUGGAAGAAAUUAAGGCGGAACAACCGGAAAGAAGUGCAAUUUACGAGGAUGCCUUGGGCGCUUAUCACGCAGCUACAAUUACCAAGAUAUUCCACGGAUACCUCAAUGACAUGAUCAAUACAGACAAUGCGUGGAUCGAGCCAGUGGUGGUUCGAAUUCAUUUUGAAAACCAAACGGAACUGACGGACCUGUUGCUUCAA